UCUUCACCUGUGAAAACAUUUAAAAAGAAAAUGUUCAAAAUCCAUAUCCUCUGAAAUAAUGGCAAAAGUCAAAACAGCAUGGCAGCCCGAUAUUUAAGUUUAAAAUAAGCUCCUUACACCUCAUCCAACCACUGAUUGUCCUGACAUGCUUCCUCUCAUGGAUUUAUUUAAUUUUGUGUGCAACCUCUAGGAGACAGGGUUGUUUGUGUGGGACAGGGCAACAUUUAGAGUUUUGCUUUAAUCUUGGAGAACAGAAAAGGAGGCCAAACCAUGUUCAGUAGAUUAUUGUAGUUUGUAGUUUCCACUUCUGUUUCUCUUCAGGGGGGUUCCUGUGUACUAACCUCACACUCAUCUCCACUGCAUCAGCGUUGGAAUGCAGAACUUACUGUGCAUUCUAAUGAAGGCAGUGAAGUGUAUUUCACAAUGAACCACAGACAUUGCAUAUUAACACUUAAAACACAUCAAAUACAGUGGGAAAACAUGCUUCUAGGAAGUCCCACAGAGAAACAAUACAAUGACAGCCCAAAAAACCCUUUCUGCAGACAAGAUGGUGGACGUCAACCACGAUGGUCAUCUGUACUGAACAACAGCAGGAAGUGAUAGCUUUUUUUUUAAAUUUAUUUUUGCUUAUUUAAAAAAAUAACCUUCAAUAGCAGAAUAAGAGCCAUUUUUCAUUAAUCUGUGCACUUUUGCAGGUUUUUGCGCUCCAGGAAACUUCAAUAUAAGAAAUGUAUUUUUUAUUUUUUGCAAGCAAGCUUCAUCUAAUUGUCUUCAUGUUAAGAAGUCAGCUCCAUGGCAGUUAGUUUUAGUUUUAAUAUCAGACCUGGGGUUUCCAAGCCUAUACUUGACAAUUAUACUAUAUAGCUCAUACUUUUAAAACCUCUUAUUGAUUUUUAACAUGCUUAUAUACCACACUAAUAAAGAUAUAUAAUCAGUUAAUUCAGUUCACUUUAUUGCAUUGCAAAUGUAGUCCAUAAGAUUUAUAAAAAUGUAUAUAAUAAAAAAGUAUAAAAAUUGGUACAUUGGACAUUUUAAAAAGCUAAAUUAAAUUAAAUUGACUUUAAUUAACAUUUCUCAAAAGUGUAAAUAAACAAUUUCUCCAAGAGUAGUAGUCACUGUGUGAGUGAAGGAGUUAUUGUAGAUCUAGUCUUGGCAUUAUCACUUGCCCUUUUUUCAGCUACAGAAUUGCAUUAUUUCAGUGUAUUGCACAUUCUCUCUGUCUGAGUAGGCUAAAACUCGGUGCCUUUAUAAAAUACACAAAUGAAGGCAAUGAAGGAGUUAAUUAGUUCAUGCGCUCCUGCGCAACACACACACUGCUGUCUAAAUUCAAGAUCCUCAGCACAAAGCCGGAGGAAGUCGGAAUGGCCGAUGCUUCACUGCUAAAAGAUUCAUCUCAUCCAUUAACGUUAUUUCCGUCUUUAAUUGUGGUUAAACUGUCAGGUAUCAGGCGAAAAGAGACUCAUUGUUCUCUCUGAGUUAAUUGCGGUUUUCAACCAAGUAAAGCAGCUUUUCUCACCCGCUGGCUCCAUCAUCACGGAAUGAGCCUGCAGUGAAAGGUGGAGCUGGGUCAUCACGUCCAAGUGUGUUCACUCUCUCUGGUAUUUUGCUGACUGUAGUGCAUAGAUUUUGCUUAGUUGCUUAAUUACAGACCAAAACCAUAUAAUGAAAAUGAUGACGGGAUGUGGGAAUUGUGAUUUGGCUGUAAAUCAGUGGGUACAGGCCUCAUGUAUGUAGUUUCACCAGGAGUGCCAAAACUUUUAUCACAUUUAAAUUUCAAAAAUGCACUCACACUGUUCAACUAGAAGUAGCACAAAAGACCCACAACCUAACUCCCAUGUUUAAUGAAAAACAAUUAUGGAAUAAUAAAUAUAAUCUAUGUAGCUCACAACUUUUCUGUAUUCACACUCUAACAAACUGUGCACCAAAUAUUCUUUUAAAUCCAGACAGAGCAUCAUGUCAAGUUCCUCUGACACGCUACAGUUCCGCUUCCCCACCCACGGUGACUUCAUCCUCAGCAAAAUGAAUGCUCUAAGAGAGGACCACCGCUUCUGCGAUAUCACACUCCUCCUUGGGGCCACUACUGUUCAACCUGUCUAUUUCCACGGUCACAGAGUGGUGCUUGCAGCGUCCUCAGAUUUCCUACGUGACCAAUUCCUGCUCCACGAAGUGCUCCAUGACGGCCAGGCUGAGCUGAGUGUGGGUGUAGUUUCCAGUGUGGAGGUCCCUCUGAGAGAGCUGGUGAGCUACCUGACGGCAGCCAGUGCACUCCAGAUGAGCCAGGUGGUGGAGAAGUGUGCCCAGGCUGUCUCCCAGUACCUCAGUCCCACGCUUGCUUUCUUGAAACUGGAGAGACACACACAGGAGAAGAAAAUCCAGCAGCCAGACAGCCUCAAAAAUAAGGAGGAAAGUGAUGCAGCCCAGCCCAGCACCCACAUCCAGGAAGCAAAUAUCAUGGACGAGGGAGAGGUUGUGAUUCAGAAAAGUGUCAGCCAAGGAGACAUGGUGGAUAGUCAAGGACUGAGGGAGGUCAGAGAUGAUAGGAGGGUGGUUAUCACUAAGAUAGAGUUAUCUGAACAUGCAGCAUGUUGUCUUGAUACCCUGGAGUCAGAGGAAGGUGGAGACAUCCAGCCUGUUCACACAAACAAGCCAUCCUAUCAAGAUCACCACAUCACAGGUCACCUAAGACGUAAGCUGCACCCUCCUACAGAUGUCAGAGAUCAUAUUUCCUCCAGAGGAAGUCCUGCUCAACACGACUGUUCCCAGAAUCAAGAUGAAGAAGCAGGGGAAAAGCAAAGAGAAGAGGAAGAAGUGUUGUUGCUGGCAGCUCAACUGCAAGAAUCCAAUCUAUUGUGCCUCUCUGGAGCACGUCUGCCAAAGAGUCAUUGUUCUGCAGAUGAGCUAUCAAAAGAGUCAGACAGCAUAUCGGUCCAGAGGCCAUACCUGUGCAGGAGGUGUGACAGAGUCUUCCAGCACCUGGAGAGCUAUGUGGGUCACCUGAAAGAGCACAGACAGUACUUGUGUUUGGUCUGUGGGAAAGGCUUUUCUAAGAAGAGUAACCUGACCCGCCACAUACACGUCCACACUGGUGUCAAGCCUUUUCGAUGCCCGCUGUGCCACAAGACAUUUUCCCAGAAGGCCACGCUGCAAGACCACCUCAAUCUACACACAGGGGAUAAGCCCCAUAAGUGUAACUACUGUGCUGGACACUUUGCACACAAGCCAGGUCUCAGGCGCCACCUGAAGGAUGCUCAUGAAAUGAAAUCGUCAGCCAUCUCAGUGAAUGGAACACUAGCUGUUGCACUAGCCACUGGCUUGAAAUUUGUGAGGCUGUGUGCAGACAAAUAAUGAACGCAUGAUGGG